GGGUUGGAGGGGAGUCCUCCCUCCUCCGCGCUGGGGGUGGGAGAUGGGAAGGUUUCACCUCUGAACCAAGCUGCUUGGGAAACUUUGUGACAGUUCUUGGGGACAAGACCUGCAGGCUGCUUCGCCCGGAGGGAAAGGAGUGAAGGGGGCGGGGAUGAAGGGGCAGGGGUAGAAAAGAGGGCAAAGGCACCUUCGGAAGUGGCCGGAGAUGGUGGCCAGCCGCGACGGAGGCAAGGGGAAGGCUUGCGGAGGAGUUCCAAAGACGCUUUGCAGAAAAAAUUCCAGAGUGGAAAAGCAUGGGAAGCUGGAGGAGAGUCUGUGAGGAGUCAGCUGGGGCUCACUCAUUCACUGACCCCCCUGGCUUUUCACCCAACUGCUAUGGGGUCUGAAACAUCCUUACUGCCUCUGGGAACAAGCGUGGGAAGGGAUAACGCCGGGAUGCGAGGGGAUUAACUUUGAUGGUGAAUGACGCUUCCUGACAUUUCCGGAGCUGAGAUGCUCUGGAAUUCUAGCUUUGAAGGAGAAGAGGAGGAAGGAAGAAGAGGAGAGCCUUAACUGGAGAAAAUUCUCAGGGCCGCCUCCUCGCACAGGGAGCAUCUCCUAUGUCAAUAUCAUCAUGCCUUCGGUGUUCGGUACCAUCUGCCUCCUGGGCAUCAUCGGGAACUCCAUGGUCAUCUUCGCGGUGGUGAAGAAAUCCAAGCUGCACUGGUUCAGCAACGUCCCCGACAUCUUCAUCAUCAACCUCUCAGUGGUGGACCUCCUCUUUCUCCUGGGCAUGCCCUUCAUGAUCCACCAGCUCAUGGGCAAUGGUGUCUGGCACUUUGGAGAGACCAUGUGCACCCUCAUUACGGCCAUGGAUGCCAACAGUCAGUUCACCAGCACCUACAUCCUGACCGCCAUGGCCAUUGACCGGUACCUGGCCACCGUCCACCCCAUCUCCUCCACCAGGUUCCGGAAGCCCUCGGUGGCCACCCUGGUGAUCUGCCUCCUGUGGGCCCUCUCCAUCAUCAGCAUCACCCCUGUGUGGCUCUAUGCCAGGCUCAUCCCCUUCCCAGGGGGCACAGUGGGCUGUGGCAUCCGCCUGCCCAACCCAGACACUGACCUCUACUGGUUCACCCUGUACCAGUUUUUCCUGGCCUUCGCCCUGCCCUUCGUGGUCAUCACAGCCGCCUACGUGAGGAUCCUGCAGCGCAUGACAUCCUCGGUGGCCCCCGCCUCUCAGCGCAGCAUCCGCCUGCGGACAAAGAGGGUGACCCGCACGGCCAUCGCCAUCUGCCUGGUCUUCUUUGUGUGCUGGGCUCCCUACUAUGUGCUCCAGCUGACCCAGCUGUCCAUCAGCCGCCCCACGCUCACCUUUGUCUACCUGUACAACGCGGCCAUCAGCUUGGGCUACGCCAACAGCUGCCUCAACCCCUUUGUGUACAUCGUGCUCUGUGAGACGUUCCGCAAACGCUUGGUCCUGUCGGUGAAGCCUGCGGCCCAGGGGCAGCUUCGCGCGGUCAGCAACGCCCAGACGGCUGAGGAGGAGAGGACAGAAAGCAAGGGCACCUGAUGCUUCCGCUGCCACCCUGGAUACCGCCACGUCAGGACGCCACAGUGGACCAUGGGGAGAGAUGCUGAGAGAAACCCAGCAUCCGGGUGGAUGCAAAGAGGCUGGGUGGUUGCAGCGAAAAACAUUCUACAGAUGGCUGGAGAGGCUUGGAGCCAGGUUUGGGGACUUCAAGCUUCAGAAAUCUCCUUCGGAGAGUAGGAUGGACCUUUGGGUUGAACAGAAACAGAGCAAGGAGAUUGGUUUUAAUGCUCAGUUGAGACCUACAUCUGCUGGCUCCCUUGUCUUUUUCCCAAGAGAAGAGGUGGAAGACUUCUGGUCACGUUUAUUUAAAAUCAGGCAGGGCCAAGGUGUGAGCGGAGGUACAGGCACAGGGUCCUGGGGGGGAUGGGGAGGCGGCCUCGACACCCUUUCCCAUCUCUCCUUGGUAUGCUGGAGGGCAGCCUUUCUCCCGAGCUGGAGGGUGAUGAAAAUAAAGCACGGCUCUCUCCAUGUUCCAGCAUCCUGUGUCAAUUUCCCUUUAUCUCCAGGGGAUGCAUGCUUCUUGGGGGGUGGGGGUGGGG